UUCCUUCUUUUGGGAUUCUCAGAGGACCCAGCACUCCAGCCGCUCAUCUUUGAGUUAUUCCUCUCCAUGUACCUGGUCACUGUCAGUGGGAACCUGCUCAUCAUCCUGGCCAUCUUCUCAGACCCACACCUCCACACGCCCAUGUACUUCUUCCUUGCCAACCUGUCCUUGGUGGAUGUCUGCUUCACCUCCACCAACAUCCCCAAGAUGCUGGACAACAUCCAGACACACAGCAGAGCCAUCACGUAUGCUAGCUGCAUCACACAGAUGUUCUUCUCCGUAAUCUUUGCAGGAUUGGAUGACUUUCUCCUGACUGUGAUGGCCUAUGACCGCUUUGUGGCCAUCUGUCACCCCCUACACUACAUGGUCAUCAUGAACCCCCGGCUCUGUGUGCAGCUCGUUCUGGUGUGCUGGACCAUUAACAUCCUGGAUGGCGUCUUACACAGCUUACUGGUGCUGCGGCUGAGCUUCCGCACGCAUGUGGAAAUCCCACAUUUCUUCUGUGAGUUGAAUCAGGUGGUCCACAGAGCCUGUUCUGACACCUUUCUCAAUGACCUCAUGAUGAAUUUUGCAGCUGUGCUAUUAUUGGUUGGUCCCCUGUCUGGGAUCCUGUAUUCCUACUCCAAGAUCGUCUCCUCCAUCCGGGCCAUCUCGUCAACUCAGGGCAAAUAUAAAGCCUUUUCCACCUGUGCCUCUCACCUCUCUGCCAUCUCCCUCUUUUAUGGCACAAGCUUAGGAGUGUACCUCAGUGCCAGUGCUGCCCCAAGUUCAGCCUCAACUGCAGCAGCCUCGGUGAUGUACACCGUGGUCACCCCCAUGCUGAACCCCUUCAUCUACAGCCUGAGGAACAGCGACAUGAAGAGGGCUCUAAAAAGACUGCUGUUCCAUAAACGAUAG